AUGGCCAAACGCAAGAGACAAGCCGUCGCGCAGAGCGAACCUGCUCCCGAGCCUGCAUCCAACAAGAAGGCCAAGGCAGUUCAACCUCCAAAGGAAAAGCCUUCAAAGGAAAAGACUACGACUCCCGUCUCGACAACUACGACCGCCACCUCUACCGGCCCGGAGACGAUCCAGAUCGUGGUGGGAUCUUACGAUAGAAUCCUUCAUGGAUUGACGGUGUCGAUUGGACCCAAGGAUCAGGCCGACUUUGCCGACACAUUCCUCUUCAAUGCCCAUACCUCAGCGAUCCGAUGCGUCGCAACGUCGCCUGUCUCGGCGCCCGUCGCUGGCCAGACGCAGAACGUCAUGCUCGCCUCUGGAAGCACCGACGAGCGCAUCAACCUCUACAGUCUGUCGGCGCACCCCCCGAGCCGAAAGGACCAGGACCUGCUCGCCAAGGUAGCACCCCGACCGAUCCUCGAGAACCCCAAGAACCGAGAGAUUGGAGCGCUACUUCACCACUCGUCGACUGUGACAGCGCUGCGAUUCCCCAAUCGGUCGAAGCUGUUGUCAUCAAGCGAGGACUCUACGAUUGCUGUUACACGCACAAGGGACUGGUCGCUGCUCAGCAAUAUUAAGGCUCCUAUCCCGAAGCCACAAGGGCGACCCAGUGGUGAUACGGCACCUCUCGGAGGCACACCGUCUGGUGUCAACGACUUUGCGAUCCACCCCAGCAUGAAGCUCAUGAUCAGUGUCAGCAAGGGAGAGCGGGCAAUGCGACUGUGGAACCUGGUGACGGGCAAGAAGGCUGGAGUGCUGAAUUUUAGCAGGGAGAUGCUACAGGAGGCUGGAGAGGGAAAGCACUCGACGGGCGAGGGCCGACGGGUCGUUUGGGGCAAUGUGGAUGAUGCGGACGAGUUUGCAGUUGGAUUCGACCGAGACAUUGUGGUGUUUGGCAUGGAUAGUGUUCCCAAGUGCCGAGUUAUGGGAUCAAUCCGCUCAAAGAUUCACCAAUUCUCUUAUGUCCAGGUGGAUGAGGAGGCGGACGUUACACUUUUGGCUGCGGCAACCGAGGACGGCCGAAUCCUCUUCUUUUCGACCAAGGACGAAGACCUCACAAAGCCCGACGACGCGGACGACAAGAAAUCCGAGUCUCUCCCCACAGCUAAGCUUGUCGGGCAGAUCGGUGGCAAGGCAGACGGAGUGGAUGGGCGGAUCAAGGACUUUGUGGUUAUCAAGAGCGCGACAGAUGCGUCGAGAAUGUACGUGGCGGGCGGUAGCAGUGACGGGCGGGUCCGGUUGUGGCGAGUGUCUAAGGGUGAUGAUGCUGCUGAUUCUGCUGGUGUGGGGAAGCUGUUGGGGACGUACGAGACGCGGAACAGAAUCACUUGCAUGACGGCGUUUUUGAUGAUACCCCGACCCGAGGGAGUAGAAGAGAGCGAGUACGAGUUCUCGGACGAGGAGGAUGAGGAGGAGAGUGAUAGUGAUGAGGAUUGA